CUAUAAAUAGGGCAUAGAACCUUCAUGGCCCACUAAGUUGGUCCGCAGCCGUCUGUCAAGCCGAAACUGAAAUGAAACUUUUAAAGAUCUCCCUUUUGCUGAGCUUGCUGGCUCUGGCAUUUGUGCCCCAAUCCAGUGCUGCUAGUUGGGAAAAGUUCUUAAGCUGCAGCAGACAGGGCGCCCAGGCUGCUGCCAGUCUUAUCCGGGAGUCCAUCCCAGCGCUUCGAUCUCUGUUGAUUUGCAUUGAUUAUGCCCCACCCACGAGUCCCAGACGCUCUUACCUGAGGAGCCUAAAAAUUAGCUAUGAGAUGCUGCGACGAGGCGCCUUCGAGAAGCCCAACUGCAUAAUAGAGCCGUUGAGGGGCGCUGCCAAUAUCUUGAAGCCAUUUGUAAAGCAGAUCGAAAUCCUUAAAUGCCUAGACGAAUAAAUGAUAAAUGUGAAUCCUAAAAUAAAGCUUAGAGCAUUUAGGGCACUUGCGAAAUAUCUAUCGAGCCCAAAAUAAAAA